AUGAGAAAGCGCCACACGUCCCUAGGACCACAUUUUCCACUCCUUUCACAACCGUCGUCCUCUUUCAAACCACACACGACUUCUGUGACGUCGCCGCUCAACCGACCACCACCCUUUCAACCACAAAACCUUCGCCAAACUUCUCAACUCUCCUUCUUCUCCGAUCUAUUUCCACUUAUUCCUCCGUCCAAACACCAACUCCGUGAAACCCUUUUUCGCCUUCAACCGCGCAUCCUCCGCACCUCUUAUUCCAACUCUGUUUCGGAUGGCUGCGAGUUGGCAAGGCGUUUUAGAUUGGACGGCUGUUUGGUUUUAAUUCUUUUGUUUAUGCAGGUAAUGGUUUGGAACGAAAGGCUAAAAAGCACCGGAUUCACUUCACCAACUAUGGAGUAUCAAGUUCAACAAGCACUUCGAGACAUUGACGCCCUAUUUCCACCGCCUGCGAAAACAACACGCCAAAUCGCGUUUACAUUUCUGCAUUCGAGUGUAUGGAUAAGUAAUUGAUGUCGACACUGCGGUGAUUUUGUAAAUAAUUUCAAGCGGUCCUUGUUUCGACAUAUUAUUAUGUAACAUGCUUGCUGCCAAAUUUGAUAUAAGGCUUUGGUUACAUUAUGGUUAUACUAUGUAACGUUUUGGCAUGGCUGCUGUUAUAGUCCCUUAUCUUUCUCCCUAAAUAUCCAUAAGUCAUUUGUUUCAUAGAGAAGUGGUAGACUUCAAAAAGGCAGAAAAUAUUUGUUUACUGUUCUAUGCUUAGAAUGAUAGUGCAUCGUUUUUGGUUUUGAUAUUUGGUUGAGGAAAGAUUAAUAUAAAAGGUACACCUCAGUGAUUAUUCAUGUGUUUGUAUCACAUUUGUAAAUAAUCUUAAUUCAAUUCUUUUGCUGA